AUGACAAGUAAUGAAGCACGAGCCGUGCAACCCUCAGGGUCACCACCACCACCACCACCAGUACUACCUUCCUCAUCAUCUGCGUCGUCGACCUUUAAGUUCCUUAUCACGACAGACAAUCACCUCGGCUACCAGGAACGCCACCCGCGCCGCGGUGAUGACAGCUUCACCACAUUUGAAGAGUGUCUCCGUGCUGCUCGCAUCGAGCACGAUGUGGAUGCCAUUCUCCUCGGCGGUGACCUGUUCCACGACAACAAGCCCAGUCUCGGCUGCCUCGGCCGCACCACAGGGCUGAUGCGUGNCCUCGGCGGUGACCUGUUCCACGACAACAAGCCCAGUCUCGGCUGCCUCGGCCGCACCACAGGGCUGAUGCGUGCGUACCUACUCGGAGAGAAGCCGAUUGAGUUCACACUUCUGAGCGAUCCGAAGCGCAACUUCCCCUCGCACACGGUACCGCUGGCGAACUUUCAGGACCCCAACAUCAAUGUUGCCACCCCCAUCUUCAUGAUUCACGGUAAUCACGACGAUCCUGUCGGCGGCACCUCUUCAAUUGACAUUCUUGCGACGAGCGGGCUCGUAAAUUACUUUGGGCAAGUGCCAUCGCUGGACGACAUUGUAGUUGAGCCGGUGCUGCUCAAAAAAGGUCUAACUUACGUCGCCUUGUAUGGGCUUGGCCACGUUCGUGAUGAACGGCUGCACCGCUGCUUUCGCAUGAAAAAAGUUCACUUUGUACACCCCAAGCCAGUUGCGGGGCGCCGGUGGUUUAAGAUUCUGCUGUUGCACCAAAACCGCGGUGUGCGUGGCGGCGCUGGUGAAAAAGGAGGCAUCUAUGAAAGCAUGCUUGCCGGCCUCGGCCUCGACCUCGUCAUUUGGGGCAACGAGCACGAACAGCAGAUGGUGCCAGUGCCUUCAGAGGGCUUCGACAUCAUCCAGCCCGGCAGCACCAUCCUCACGUCGCUCACCGGGCAGGAGUGCAACCCGAAGAUGUACGGCGUACUGGAGGUGCGCGAGGGGUCGUACCGCCUGACGCCGUUCCCGCUGCGCAGCGUACGCCCUGUGGUGCGCCGCACGGUUGAGCUUUGGCGCGACAACCCUGCUGGACGUACACUUGAUGCUGUAGAGGACUUUUUGCGGCAUGUCGUGGAGGGCAUGAUCGAGGAGGCGGAGGAGCAGGUUGGCCGUAUCCCUGACGAUGUGCUCACGUUCCACCCGGACAUCAAACUUCCGCUCAUGCGGCUCUCGGUGGACUUCACCGACCCCGAGUCGACGAACUUCCCGCAGCCGAACAUCAACCGCUUCGGCCAGCAGUACAUGGACGUCGUUGCCAACCCCGGUGACCUGCUGCGACCCAUCAAGCCGAAGCCUGCUCCACGCACAGCCGCCGUUGCGCAUGGCACUGACGGCUCCGCGCCUGUUGUGCCGGUGCCUCAGCUCAACACAUCCGACAUUCGUACCAAGGUCGCGGAGGUGUUCAACGCCAAUGCCCGCGACGCGUGCCUGCUGCUGUCGGAGCCAGAAGUCUCGGCGGCGGUGUACGCAUUCGCUGAGAAGGGCGAGAGGGAAGCAAUUGAUGAGCGCAUCUGUGAGCUUCUGAAUAAGUGCCAGAAGUCGGUAUGGAAGACAAUGGGGCGAGGCGAUGCGGAGGGCAUUUUAAAACCCGACAAAAUCUUCGACGAGGUCGUGCGGCACAAGCAGGACGUGAACAAGCGCCACGCGGAGACAGCGCGCGCGGGUGAUGCCCUCCAGCAGCAACAACAACAGGAGUUGGGCGAGAACACAGACGGUACACCAACAGACCGUUCACGCCAGACUUUUACAAUCAUUGAUGAAUUUGAUGAGAGCAGCAUGCCACUUGGUGCGCCGAUGCCGUCCACUUCCCACGGGCUCAACGCGGCGUCAGGCGCCGUACCGCAGGCGCGCAACACCACCGAUGGUGAUGGUGAUGACGACGACGCACUGCCAGACACAGGGCUCGAGCACGGCACAAUAAAUGCGCUCAUUGCCCACGCGGUGAAGCAGGAACAUCUGACAGGUGGAGUAGGAGGAGGCGACGACGCUGCGCUUCCGCAGAGUGGUGCUCUUGGGAAGAGCAGUGACAAGAAGCGGAGACGCGAGGAGAUUAACGUGGAUGACGACGUCAAUGAGGACGACGAUGACGACGACGUGGCGGAAUUGCGGCCCGUUGGGCUUACCGCGGCGAAAAAAGGCAGGCGAAGAGGCGACGCCGCUGCAGCGCCCGCCCCCAAAGCAGCGCCGCGCGCCAGAAGGGCAAAACAGGGGGUCAGGGCUCUUGCUGCCGUCCCGACACUGCAGCUGACGCACCAGCGCGUUCCUGGCGAGUUUGCACCACCGCCGCCGCCGCCGCUAGGGGCGACGAACAACACGGCACAAACGGGGCCUGCCAGCGCCCUGUCAAGGUGGACGAAUCGGAGCUGA